AAAAAUAAGAAAAGAAAAGAAGGCGACUCGUACCAAUAACUCAGUUUCCGAGUUCGACACGACAAAUCGAAACUCAACACUACACAAACCUAAGAUCUUCGAUUCGUACAUCAAAACCUCAAUCAUUGUUCCCCUACUCCUCGUUCCUCAUUCUCUUUCACUUUCGCUGAAAAACUCAGUUUUUCUCUCCUUCGAUCUGUGUACUUCCUUUCGCGUGAAAUCUGGCUAUGGAUUACGAGCCCUACGAUAGUAGUGGUACCGAUGAUGAUCUUCCACCAACACAUCAAAAUAGAAUUCCUAGAGGGGCACGUCUUGCUGGGAACGGACGAUCUGCAGUAGGUUCAAUGUCAUACCCCAGGAUGUACGGUGAAAUUGACAUGGAAGCUCAAAUUCACCAACUUGAGCAGGACGCGUAUAGUUCAGUUUUACGAGCCUUUAAAGCUCAAGCUGAUGCCAUUACUUGGGAGAAGGAAAGCUUGAUAACAGAACUAAGAAAAGAACUAAGAUUAUCAAAUGAGGAACAUAGGGAACUUCUAGGCCGUGUUAAUGCAGAUGAUGUCAUACGAAGGAUAAGGGAGUGGAGACAGACAGGAGGCCAUCAGCCCAGUGUGCUGAGUUCUGGACAUGUUAUUCAUGAUUCAGUUCCAAGUCCAACAGUCUCUGCUUCUCGUAAGAAGCAAAAGGUAACACCGUCCGUACCAUCACAAUCUUAUGGUGGGCCUUCUCCUUCAUUUCAUCCCCAGCCCGUGGCUGCGCCCCACCAGCCAUCUUCUUCUGUUGGAAAACGUGGACCUGUUCCAGGAACUAAGGGCAAGAAGCAGAAACCUGGCCAAGUAUUACCAGGAGCACCUUCAAUAAAGCAAUACCCUUCUUCGGGACCAGGGGGAAGGAAUCAAGUACCUAAUAGAGUUACUUCGGGUACUGGCACAGGUGAGCUUGCUGAGGGAGCAUCAAUUGAUCCGCUCGUUGGAAAGAAAGUACGAACAAGAUGGCCUGAUGACAAUAACUUCUAUGAAGCAGUUAUCACCGACUACAAUCCAGUAGAUCGUCUGCACAAUCUGGUCUAUGACAUGGGAAGUGUAAAUGAAUCAUUGGAAUGGGUUAAUCUGUCAGAGAUCUCUCCGGAAGAUAUUCAAUGGGUAGGGGAGGAACCUGGAAUCAACCAUCGUUUUGGGGGAUCUGGUCGUGGGGUGAAUAGGUCUGUAGGUCGUGAUAAUGUUCCAGGAGCUGGAAGAGGUAGGGGAGGUACAAAGGGGCAAUCCAAAAAAGAUUUAUUGCCAUCACAGAAUGGAAUCGGAAAAAAGGCUCUGGAUGAUAUACAAAUACUUCACACAGACACACUAGUUAAAGAGGUGGAAAGGGUGUUCAGUGCAAAUCAUCCUGAUGUACAUGAAAUUGAGAAAGCCAAGAAAAUAUUGAAGGAUCAUGAGCAAGCUCUUAUCGAUGCAAUUGCAAGGCUUGCGGAUCUUUCUGAUGGCGAUAAUGAUGGGGGCGGUCGCCAUUUCUCACAUGUUAAAUCAAUGGAUCGAGAAUGACGGAACACCUACGUUGUAAAAUGGGGAAAAGGAGGCAUUCAUGGAAGCAAAAGUCACGGGAAAGCGUAGAUUUUCUCUUGUAUUCUAUCAGAUAGGAUGACAAUUAUGUAAUUUGGUAAUAAUUAUUUAUUGAGGGUAAGAUUUGACCUAGGAUCAGCUUCUGCUUGUAUAAAAAGAGUAUGAUAGUGGAUACAUCCCUAUAUUUGCUGUAUUAAAUUAUGAGUUGACACCAUUUAUUCACAAGACUUGGUGACUGUUUGGUUUUGUGCUACCGUAGACACACAUUUCAUAGCAUUCAAUGUUGUUUCUCCA